AUGAUUUUCAAAAGAUACUGUUGGAUUUUCUGUGUUUCCCUGGCUUUUCAAGAUGCAGUUCUCGCCAGUAUUGCUUCGGACUGUUUAGAAGAGCACAACCUUUACCGAAGGCGAUAUCAUGUCCCGGAUGUGAAGUACAGUACUAAGCUCGGGAAAAGAGCUCAAAGUUUGGCGACUUUCAUGGCAAAAACUGACGCCGAACUGCGAAUUCAAGGAAAUGUGGAUGAGAACUUGUAUCAUGAAAACUCAUCACUUCCCAUGACUAUAAGUGAUGGUUUAGAGCACUGGUUAGACGGUGGUCUCUAUUACAACUAUAAAAAUCCACAAUCAAACUUCGAAAACAGUAACUUCAUCAGGCUCGUUUGGAAAUCGUACUUGAGGAUCGGAUGUGGUUAUGCUUUAGUGAACAAGAACGAUGGCAUCGUUGAAACCUAUGUGGUGACUUUGUACGAACCGCCAGCUCCUCGACAAUUAACUGCAGAAGACCUUAUGGCAAACGUUUACCCAUCCCAGUAA